GCCGGAUGAAAAACUGCGGGGGUACGGAAAAGCCCCCCCUCUCCAUGCCCCCGCCCUCAGUGCCCUCACCAGGGGGUCCCGGGCUGCGGGGGGGCUGCGGGGCUCCAGGGGAGCAAAAUGCUAUUUGCAUGGAUUGUGCCUGCAGCAAUUUGGUUGUUGGUGUGCUUCACGGCAGAAGCCUGCAGUAAAGGCAGCGUGCCUGCUAGCGGGCCCCCCCGCGGCGCCGCAGAAAUAUGUGACAAAGGGACCAUGACUGCUGACACCGCUUCUCACGUCCAGCCUGGGACCAGCAUCACCCUCUCGUGCCAGCUGAACCCGCCGUACACCGAGCAGUGCAGGAUAGCCAUUUUCUUUAACAGCUCUGAACUAAUUAGCAAUUACGGCAGUUCAGCAAGCACCAAAUUCCUCGUCCAUACAUUCGGCAAGCACAUGUUUACCUGCAAAAUAGUUUGUGACUACAAGAAAAAACUCAUUUGUGGAAUCGAUAUCGAAUCUGGAAAUCCUCCAGAUGAGCCAAGAAAUGUGUCGUGUAUCCAGUAUGGGACAGAGGGCCAUCCCACCUGCACCUGGGACAAAGGAAGGCUCACGUACAUCAACACUACAUAUGCAAUACAGCUAUCGAAUGGGACGGAUGUCUUCUGCGUUCCAGAAGAAAGCCUGAAUAAGAAGUUUGGCUCGCUGGCUCUGAGCAAGUUGAGUUUUGACUCGACUUACACCGUUGUGGUUGCCGCCUCCAAUGAGCUAGGAAGUGCUUUUUCACAGCCGCUCGUCUUCAUGUUAAUAGACAUAGUGAAACCACAUCCUCCCAACUUUUUAGUGGAAUUUGAAAAUUCUUCUGUGACCAACUGCACCUUUUUACGGCACGACAAAGCACAAGCGCGGCACUGCAGGCUGAGAUACCGUCCACUUACCAGGCACACCUGGAGCACGGUUGAAAGCUUAAACAGUGCAAAAUGCUGUCUUUAUGGUCUGGAGCCUCACACAGCCUACGAGUUUCAGGUCAGCUGUAAAAUCCACCCCGAGCGAGGACUGUGGAGUGACUGGCGCACGUACCAAACCCGGACACCAGAAGCAGUGCCGACCGGGCUCCUGGAUGUCUGGUACCGACAGCAGGACGUGGACCCUCAACAGCAGAACAUCUCUCUUUUUUGGAAGGCUUUGAGCGGGUCGGAGGCGAGGGGCAGAAUCCUGCGGUACACGGUGACUUUUGAAGCCCGGGGCCCGCGGAGCCCCCCAGCAGGAGAAUCCCACGUUACCACCCAAACCAACCUCGCCAGGGUCAUGCCGAGGGUGGGCUACAAGAUAACGGUCACCGCCGAGAACUCAAGGGGCAGGUCCCCCCCCGCAGCCGUCGUGACCGGCGUGGGCACCCAGGAUCUUCCCCCUCCCCGGAGCGUCUCUGCCGUAGCCAUGGGAAACAGCAGCAUCUUCGUGAGCUGGCGGGCGCCCGUCGCAUCCAGCGGGUCGGUCAGCGGUUACGUGGUGGAGUGGGCAGAGCCCCAGCGGGGUCCGCGCCCCCAGCCCCGUCCCGCCUGGGUGAAGCUGCCGGCGUCCAGCCUGUCCACGCUGCUCGCAGAGCACAUAAAAGAUAACGUGUGCUAUCAGAUCGGCGUGUCUGCACUCUAUCGGGACAGAGCCGGAGAAGUGGCAUCAGUUAGGGGGUACUCGAGAGCAAAAGCACCAUCAGCUGGGCCCCAGAUGUAUGCAACACCGUGGGCAAACGGCAUCCUGGUUUCAUGGGAAGCGAUCCCCGCCCAGCACCAAAGGGGCUGCAUCACCGGGUACCGCGUGUACCUGCAGAGGAAGGACAGGCAGGUAGCCCCGGCUGUCUAUGCCAUUCCCAACGCGAGUGCCCAGCGCUCGCUGCACAUCCUGGCCCUGCAGCCCGGCGAGCACUAUGCCCUGUGGAUGACGGCAUCGACGGCCGCCGGAGAGGGGCCCUGGGGCAACACCGAGCUCUUCUGCUUGGAAGGUGCUGGGGACUGGUUGGCUGUUGUGCUUACCUGCAGCUUCUUCGUCAUCUCCGCCUGCAUGUGUUCCGUCCCUCCGGCAAGAAAACUAUUGCACGGGCUGCUCUCCGCCCUUGUGCCGCGGUGGCAGAGCAAAGCCAUUCCAGACCCAGCGAACGCGACGUGGGCUAAGGACUACCUGGCCAGGAAGGCCCAGCUGAGCUCGCCCUCCAGCCUGUUCCUGCACAGCCCCGCCGGCUUCGAAGAGCCUGAAAUAACCCAAGUAGAGGAAGCCUUGCUGAAGCCCGACCCCCCGGCCCCGCGGGCCAAGCUCUGGGGGGGCAGCGGGGACCAGGAGCAGCCCGAGUACCCGGCUCCCCCCAGCCCGGCAGACGGGGAGCGGUACCAGCAGCAGCUCCCCGACCUCUACAAGAGGAUAACGGCGGAGCAGACGCAGAGCCUCCCCGAGUACCUCACCAACCCCGUCACCCCCAGAGCCACCCUGUACCUCCCCCCGGCUGCGGGCCCCACCGGAGACCUCCCCGAAAUCGCGCGCGACCCGCUCUCCAUCCUCCCAACGAUUCUGACACCCGUACUUUCCUACGAAGGGAAUCUUACUUUGGACAAGUGACACGGGGGCUCCAGAGGGACAGGGCUGGCAGCUCAGGGCCAGCCUGCCCGCGCGGCUCGGCUCGGGGAAAGAGAAAUCCUCACCAGAAAUAAAAGCAACAGGCAGCGCGUGUACGCAGGAAGGCGAAUGGACUGGUGAGAAGAAUUUAAAUCAUUUAUUGAAGUAUUCUAAUUACAGCCUUGGAAGUCUGUGUUACACAUUUAAUGGCUUUGUUUACUGUAUGUGUAUUAUAUAUAUAUAUAAAUAAAGUGUUGGAAACCCAGAAUGUGUUUCCUGUUGGUUCUCUCUGGUCAAGCUCAAGUGCUACGCUGCAGCUACACACAGAAUAGUCUUUAAAAAUAAAAGCUGAAGCUUUGCUGCUAGAAAUGAGGUAGUCCAGAUUCAGAACUUACCUGGAGCAUCCUCCUCCCGCCCGGGAUCAGGCAGCUGCUGUCCAAGCUACACAAGCUUCUGGUUAGCAGCAUAAGCUGGUGAGGAAACCCCCCCACCCCGUGAUACCACCACGAAGGUGGCGAUGCCUCCACGAGGCUACGUGACCUGGCGAGGAAACAUCCCCCCCAAGUGUCUCCUUCCACAGCACCCCGGGAGGCACCCGCACGCCACGGCCACGGCUUUCCCCUCCGCCUUCCGCUCCCAGUGAGGAGCAAACCCGAAGCGCUGCAUUAGUGAGCUGUUGAUUUUUUUUCCCCCCUCCACUCCUGGUUUUUGUCCCAAACGUGGCCGGUUUAUCCUCUGGAGGCCCACGCAAUCCCACGCUCCCACACUCAAAGGUGCUGCAGGACGAGCCCUGUAACGACCGGGCACACACAGGCGGGCGGCAGGCAGGCUGGGCUCACCCACAUUACCCCCCCGCCUCGCCACGCUCUUCACUUCCACCCACACUGCAAAAACACCUCUGCAACAGGCACGAGUACACGAAGGGAGCUGUGUGCACCUUACGUUUUAAGCUUCUUUUUUUUUUUUUUUAGGAAUGUGAAAUUCAAGCCCUGGCACCAGCUCUCCUCGUGUUCAGCUUCCAGGUGACUCCUCCCUGCACUUCCCGCAAGCGAUGGCAAGCACCCUGGCUGUUCUCAAAGACCAACCUCUCCCGUCUUGUGUUUCUGUGUAUUGCCACCACGCCACCACCCUCAGCAAUGAUUUAGCUGUUAGCCCCCAGCCGCAGGCGUUCCCAGGAAGGAGACGUGUCCUGGUAAAGGCAGAGCAGCUCAGCUGAGCAGCCCGCGGGAUCCAGCACGCCGCUUGCUGCCAACUCCCCCCAAAAACCCCUCCAAAAAAACCCCCCCCGGGCUAUCUCCAGCAAGUGAAGCUGGGGCCAUGACAGCACGCGGCCUUCCUCCUGCAAACAGCUUCUUGGGGAUACGGAAAAUGAGGAACAGAAAGAGGCAGAAGGCAGCUACUGCCCAGGAGACUGUUUUCCCGAAGCGGAGAGCAAGGCGCCGAGGGGAAACGCUGCGGGAGGAGCUGGGGGAGCAGGGCCCCGGGGAGCAGCUCGGGUGUGCUGCAGGUUGGGAGCGCUCCACAGCCGUUCCCCCAGCGCCCCGGCACCCAGCCCGCCGCAGGACACUGCCCACAGCCUCGCCCAGGGGAUCCUUCACAUAAAAUCCCCGCUGCGGCAAAGCUCAUUCUUCCCGCCAGCGAACUCGGCGGUCACGGGGGGGGGGGAACGAGAAUACUCACCCAUACCGCCCAACCACGGGGGCAAGAGCCCACCACAUCCACAACCGCUGAAGGAAAAGGAUCCCCAGGCACUCCAGGCAAACCACACGACAGCCUCGAGAGAGGUGCACGUACUCGGGAAGACACGGCACCGUCUGCCCCACCACGGUGCCAACUCAAGCGCCGGCCGCUCCCCCCCCCCCUUCAAGAGGCGUGUCAAAGCUGGCAGCAUUUUUGAUCUGCAGGCUCCCAGAUAAAACCGCCUGCAAGGUGCUCCGCGGUGCAGCCCUACUUACGUAGUGACCACAAAUUUAGUUUGGGAGUUGUGCUUUGGGGUGAAUUUCAACCCUGGGGUUUGUUCGCGUCCUCGCUGCCACCUCCAAACCGGCUCAGGACCUCCACGCUCGAGGUCACAGCUCGGACACGGACGUGCUCCGAGGGAAGGUGCACCUCCACGUGAAAGCAGCUUUAAACAGCAGCCACCCCCCUUUAGCAUCUUCGAGCCUGACCGAGGUAACCAGCGGCCCGCUGUUAAAAGGAACUGCUGCGCAAAAAAAAAGCACUUAAGGAGCAACGGCCACCCCAUCCCGACGCGUUUCCCUCCUGCUCCGCACCGCUGCCCUGCAAGAGCCACACAAUCCCAGCCAGCCCGACCUCUAGGCGCUUCCUUAGGCCAGAAGCAAGUCUUCUCCUCGCCCUCCAUACAACAGGAAUCCUGCAGUUUGUUGAGGACAAACCCCCAACACAACCGGGCAGGCGCUAGUUCAAACUGCUGAACUGAAGGGCUGCAGCGAUCCCGUACCCGAUUCACCUCCGCGCCGCUCAGGGGAGAAUGAGCAAGUACAAUAAAGCCCCCUCACCUCUCGGUGUUCCGAGGACCUUCGUAGCAACAUCUCACGGGUGAAGACCAAACAGGUGAGUAGGGUCCCCAAACGAGUGCCGGCACCGGGCCGGCUCACCCCCUCACCCCGACGGGUUUUACGGCUGAAGACGCAUCAAGAGCCGCACGACUACCCAGAGCCCAGCCGCUGCGCGCAAGCGGCAGGAGCACCCCUCAACUCCUCACUGAUCUGAAGCUGGAAUCGGUGCUGAAAUAUGGGGAAGAACAACCCCCCCCAAAAAAAAAAAAAAACAAACCAAACCAAAUCCUGUAAGCCACUACUUGCUUUCUCUCUUCCAGAAAACGAAGUGACAGCAUGCUCCAACUCAUCUGUCCAACACCCGACCGCGGAGCUCGGGGAGCUCCAGUCCCAGAGAAGCCACACAGCCAGCCACAGCCCAGCUGCUAGGGAAACCCAAAGCUACCUUCCUUAGCGAGAGCUACGGCCUCCUCCUGCACCGCCCUUUUUCGUUGCUGUUAUUUCACCUGGGAAAACAACGCACGUAAGGCAGACAAACCUGGCACGGUGCCUGGGCGCUCCCCGCCUCCCAACGCGGCCACUCACGCUGCCAGCUACAUGGAAAACGCACCAGAUUUUCCUCUGCCAAAAACCACCUCUGGCAUUUUGCUUUUUGGGUCCAGCAGCUGGUUCCAAGGUUUGGUCUCCAGGCUGGUACACAAGACAUCUUCCCUCUGUGAGGACUGGUUUGGUGUCACUCAAAGGCAAACGUUCUGCUCCGGCUUGGGUCAGACAUCCGAGACAAGGGAACUCCAUUUUCGUGCUCUCCACACCCAAUCAGCAAAUCACCCUGGCAAGAGGAUUCUGGCUGGGAAUCACAGACAAACUGGUGCCUCAAGCUGGCUGCAGACAACCAAAUUAGAUACCUAUUAUCAAAGAAAGGUAUUUAAAAGAAAAAAAAAAAAAAAAAAGCAGCAGAGUGCACUAUUUUGUCAUUCAUCUAUUUCAGCAUAUUGACCUUCAACACACGGGACGACAGAACACCGGGGUGCCUUUUCUCCUCGCUCUUCAAUUCUCUAAAUUCCCCCAUGGGGCUUCCCAGAAAACCUGACUCCAAAAGAAACACCAGUAGGACAACCACCCAGGUUACACACACACACACACACACACACAGAAAGAUUUUCACACUUGGCUUUUCCAGCAGCGCAGCGGGGACUCACUGACCGGUGUCGGGGCAUCGGCGCUUGCUCAGGCUGUCACCUGGCACAGGCAGAGCAGGAGUACGAAAUGGAGGUGGCACGGCCCCUCGUAACCAUUUUAGAAAAGAAGCAGGUUAGCAAAUGCUGGAAGUGUCAGCUUUAGGCAUGUGUCCUGCGUUUAUUAAAACACGAGGCGUGGCUAUGCAAACCGAUCUCCACGGGCAGAGAGUCAUUACAGGUUAGGAGUGGUCUCAACUCCUCCAACUGCAAACACCACAGGUUCACACUGACUUCCAACGUUUCAGAAGAAUUUAUGUCCUUUCCCACACAGCUAACACUUGCAUUUAUUAAUCAGGCUUGUUUCCUCCCAGCAUCAGUGGCAUUCAAUCUGUAAGAUGAACUUUCAUGCUCAAACCUUGCCAUCGUUCCGUUCAAAAGCCAAUUUGCACCACGUGCUUCUCUGUUUCUCUCCAACUUUUACUGCUGACCAUCUUUUUCAAAUUGUUCAGAUUUUAAAAGGUCUCGUCCUCUGGAUUUGGCGUGACAGCAAAAGUAGCAAGCAAGAGGACAGAAAAUGUUACUGAAGAGCAAGCUCAUCAAUCGUGAAUAAGCUACUCUGGAGCCAUUUUCCCAAGGCAGAGCCCGUUCCUGGCGAUGGAAAUGCCUGGGCACCAUCCCCACAGCCAGACUGGACCUCCUGGGGCACAACCUACACGAGACGCUAUUAACCUAAGCGGUUCCAUCUCCGUGUGUUUUCAUGACAUUUUUAAAAGAGCAUGAAAAUAAACCUUUAUUUCAGUUAACACCCACCAAUAUUAAAGAUAUAUGUUCACAGUUUUAGUUCUUGACACAAAUGGACUGAAAGAGGCAAAUUUACAUCUAUCAGAAUAGCAGACGGACCAAUUGCGAGUACAAGCUGUCUUGAAAAUCGUACGUGACAUGCCAUUUGGGAAACUGCUCUAUGCUCUAAAGCAGGAGAAGGGAAAGCUUCUGACCAAGUCCGGCUAGCAGGGCCCCAAACGACUGCCUGGCUGGCCCAGAAGUCAUCUGGAAAAAAAAAAAAAAAGCUGAGUGGCAACCGAGACAGCAAAUACACAGUUUGGAUAAGGGGAGGAAGGUUUAUGUUACAGAGAAAGCUCUUCCAUAAGUGUGUUUUUUCUGCAUAUCGAGGCGUUUGUUGAGUUGUUAUUAUCCAAGGAGUCCCUAACGCUGGAACUGCAACACGUUCUACCAAACCACAAAGGGGGAGGGAAGAGGAACAACUCGGUGCUGGACCGGCAAGAGCCCCCACGCCCAGCACCUGUGUAAGAUCAGCUCAGAGUCAGGAGAAGCGAACCAAGAGAUCUUCCCAUCCACUGUUUGAAAACUUGCCUCCUUCUCACAGCCUGGUACUUUAAACUAUAGGCGAGUGCACUAAAAAGUGGAAUCCAAUGAUAUUAACAGUGGUUUGCAACAAAAACUUUUGUAGAAAAUAGUUCAGAUAAAGCAAGCCAGCUAAACACCGCAACUAAGGAGUCUGAUAUUUCAUAUUCAAAGGUCUCCAAUACUUUUUGCCUGUCCUGUACAGCUUUUAAAAAAAUAGGGCGUUACCUUUUGUUUUCUAUCUACCUAGUUACGAAACUACAAAUAUGUUAUAAGCUGUCCAACAUGUAAAACAUUAAAUAAAAUGAGAAACCUGUUUCUAGUCUCCUAACAAAUGCUGCAGAUAAAAACCCAAAGAAACCCUCUUUAUUACUCAUUCUCUCCACUCCUUUUGUGUACUGAAGGGGGGGGGGUAAUGUUCCUGUUCACAGGGAUUAAAUUAAACCUACAGCGAAUUUCUACCGGGGUAGAAAGGGUUUCUUGCAAUCGCUCUCUGAAAAAAGCAUUUUGUUUGUCAGCUAGCACUCAGAUCUCAGAACACCGCCCAAAUCCAGAGCGAAACUUGGACUGGGGUUUCGCUCUCGCAUCUUUUUUUGUUGUGUCGCGCAGAGAUUGCACCGUCCCCCAUGGGGAGCUGCGAGCCAGAGCUCCCUCCCUCCUGCAGGUUGUGGGUAUCUCCCGUACCGGCGUACUCGUGGCAAGAGACUGAGCUGCUGAAUUCCACGUCCCGGCCGGAGCCCGGCCAGAGCAACAGCUACCACCUUCCCCCACCUCCCAGCUCCGACAGCAGGAACGGUCACGCCAAUCUACAGGGUACCCUCUCAAAGCAAAAGCAUAGGGAAUUUAAAAACUCUUCUUUUUUUUUUUUUUUUUUUUUUUUU